GGAGGAGCUGCAGGGAGCUGGCAGAGCAGACAGGUCGGCAGGCUGGUAGGCUGAAGAGAAACAAAAAGAAAAAGGAGAACAUUUAGUAAACGAUCUUGUGUUCAUUUGCUACUAAUAAAGUUGUUAAAAGAUCGAUCAGAACGAUGGGGAACCGGGUCGCCCGUGAUGACUACGAAUGGGUUUACACGGACCAGCCGCACGCCGACCGGAGGAAGGAGAUCCUGGCCAAAUACCCAGAAAUCAAGUCGUUGAUGGGUCCUGACCCAAGGCUGAAAUGGAUCGUGUGCAUGAUGGUAGCUAUACAGUUUUUAGCUUUCUACAUGGUCAAAGACUUAGACUGGAAAUGGGUUUUGUUUUGGACUUAUUCCUUUGGCAGCUGUAUCAACCACUCAAUGACCCUUGCUAUUCAUGAGAUCUCCCACAACACAGCCUUUGGAAACAACAAGGCCAUGUGGAACCGCUACUUUGCCAUUUUUGCCAACCUGCCAAUUGGCCUGCCUUACUCUGCCUCCUUCAAACGCUAUCACCUGGACCAUCACCGCUACCUGGGUGGAGACGGGGUAGAUGUAGACAUCCCCACUGAGUUUGAAGGCUGGUUCUUCUGCACGCGCCUCCGCAAAUUAAUCUGGAUUAUUCUGCAACCGCUGUUCUAUGCUAUUCGGCCCCUCUGCAUCAACCCCAAACCUAUCACUCGGCUGGAGGUGACCAACGUAGCCUUCCAGCUCACCUUUGACAUCCUGCUCUGCUGGCUGUGGGGGGCCAAGCCUGUGGUCUACAUGCUGGCUGGCUCCAUGCUUGGGAUGGGCUUGCACCCCAUCUCUGGUCAUUUCAUAGCUGAGCACUACAUGUUCCUAAAGGGCCAUGAGACCUACUCCUACUAUGGCUCCCUCAACCUGCUCACCUUCAACGUGGGCUACCACAAUGAGCACCAUGACUUCCCUAGCAUCCCAGGACGCAGGCUGCCAAUGGUAAAGGAAAUAGCAGCAGAGUAUUAUGAUGACCUGCCUCAAUACACAUCGUGGGUGAAAGUCCUGUAUGACUUCAUCAUGGACGAUGCACUGAGCCCUUACUCUCGAGUGAAAAGGAAGCUGAGGGGAGAUAUCAAACAGGAGUAAAUUCACCUAAAGCCGGGGAACAAAGCUUCAGCGUCCAUAGUUUCAGUAGUCCCGGCUCACCAUCCGGGACUUAACAGCUUUUUUGAUAUUAACACAUUCAGCAUGGGAAAUAAGGGUGGAAAUUGUUAGGGUGCUUUUCCUACAUUCAUUCAUUCAUUCAUUCAUUCAUCUUCCGUAACCUGCUUAUCCAGUUAAGGGUCGCAGGGGUGCUGGAGCCGAUUUCAGAAAGAGAAAAUUGUUUCAAUUAUUUGUAAUACAGCUCAGAAAGACAAAGAUUAUGAGGUAAAAUAAAAAAAAAUGUGUUUGUUAGUUUUGUUGGUUGCAAAAAAGGAUUUGGCUCUGAUCAAACAAAGAGUUUGUGAUAUGUAAUCUAAACAAGCUAUAAAUGGACGGGGGGGAUUGUUAUAAAAUGUUGGUACACACAUUGAUGUCCCCCUCAGGAUGAAUUGUAAUAUCUCUGGUGAUGUUCUUAUUUCUCAAAAUAUUCAAAAUACAAUACCAAAUAUUCUCAAUUUGUCCAUACUAUGGUUUAAAACUAACCCAAAUGUCCACUGGAGCAUCUGUAUUUUGGUCAGGCUCUUUCACUGCUGGCCAUUCUAGCUAGUGUGCUGAUGUGCACUGAACAUGAAAGUGCUCUUUACACACUGGAUUUUCAAUAUCUCUGAGUCCACAAAGUGUUUAUUACCACACUGAUCAGUAAUGUGUUGUUUUUUCAUCACAAAACAACAAUGAAAUAUGAACAGACUGCUGGAAGGCAUGCUUCUGCUUCAAGUAUCCAUUAAAUCCAACCAUUUAGUUAGAGCUCUCUUGUCCUCUGCUCACUUCUUGUCAGCAUCUUAAAUUAGUGUCUCUUUUGCAAAGAGUUUGGGAAUUCUUCAUUGGCUGUAAUUAGCCCUCUUCAACCGAAAAGGGGCCAUUUAGAAUUUUGUUUGUUUUACAUGUAUUUUAUGCAAACAAUCUCAAACUCCUCCCAGAAGGUUUAUCAGAUUUGUCUCAAAUUUGGAUGGUAUAACCUUCCAGCGUAUGUGGUACUAAGUUGCAGAGGAAUAGUCAAUACUUCCAACGGCAGUUAUAGGCACUUUUAGGCAUGGAAGUUAAUCCUCCUAGACGAGUUCCAUUUCAAAUUUGGUCGGAAUAAUUUCAAAACCUUCUCAAUGUUAAAUUGCGAAGCCUUUGGGUUUAGUGCAAUGUGCAUGUUUCGUCAUUACAUGCAAAGCUUUUGUAACUUCACUUUAUAUUGUCCAAUCUGCCCCAAAUUCCACAUGCUGUACAAGAGUCCAGACCUUAAGGAAUCUACACAUCCAUAUUGAGAUAUAGUCAUAGCACCACCUAUCGACAACAGGAAAUGAGCAGAUUCUGAUAAAGACCGUCUAAUAAACAUGAAAUUUCAAUGGUAUGAUCCACGUAUACAUAGCAACAUGAUGUAUAAUUAUUGUGAUUUCCAGCACUGUCUUCCUGCCUGUACCGCAGACAUGCAAAUUGGGCAAGUGGUUGUUCAUCGCUGCUUAUGUUAAAUGCAAUAGUUUCUUCUUUUUUUUUUAUUGCAUUGCUCUUUAACAUGCACCACAAUAGUAUGCAUCCUGUUGUCAUGCUCCAUACUAACUGUGACUAUAACAAGUCAGUUUAAAGUUGAGUUGUUUGUGAGUUGAAAGUGCAUUAUUCCUCAGUGCCUCAGAGCUUUGUUUUCAAUUAUUUGUUGUGUUGAUUUAAACUUUAUGAAUGUAUUCACUUUGAUGAAAUAAAGUUAAUGAUAACGACUUAAAAGCCAAUGAAAUAAAUGCAUUAAUAAAAUAUACGUUUUACCUUUUAGAAUGUUAUUCCCAGCAAUAGAGAAGAGCGGCCUUUAGACCAGGGGCGUCAAACCCCCAAAGACUUGGGAGUGUGGCAGCUUCCUCCUCUUGUAUAACAAAACUCCCGCACACUGGCUUCUUCACUUGCGUAUAAAUGUAUUUUAGUCACGACGUUUCGGUGCGUAGACCUUCAUCAGGUUAUUUUACAUGGAAGUAAGGAUGCAUGCAUUUAAAUAGCAUUUGGGGUUCGUAAAUGGGUUGACAUCCACAAAUCAAAACCAUCGACAAAUAAACAAUCAAUUUACAUCAUAUGUUCAUAUGUGGCACUAAAAGCCUACAAACAUGAAAACAUACACAUAAUAUAUAUGAGGUAUGUCUUCAAUCAAAAAACACAUAAAGAUAAAUAUAGAAAUUGUAGAAAGGCUAUAAUGCCAAGAUCAGAACUUUCCUAUUUCUUUUGUAGGACAAGAUUUUUAGGAGUUUGCAUAGGUUAUCUUCUAAAGUCUGUCCCUAGAAAAGAAAGGACAAAAUAUGUCACGUUGUUUUAAAAACAGCUUCCUCCUCUUAAAACUCUCUUAAAGUCAAACUCUCUUGUAACGGUUUUGACCUUUUUUAUAAAAGAGGGGUGCCAGUCAGAGUCACGUCUGACAAAUAAUAAUAAUUAUAAAUGGAAAGAAAAUAGGUCAGUCAAAACAUACAAAAGUAUAAAGUAAAUGCCCAGUAGUAACGAAAUAUGUCACCAAAAAACAGCACUGCAUAAACAAAUAGACAACAGCUCAGUUCAACUUUAAGAAACGUAUCCUUAAAGUUCAGUCCACUCUGCAAGUUUCGUGAUGAUAAGCCAAACAGUUUUCAAUUUAAUUGUGUUGCCCUAAUAA